AUGCCCCAGACCAGCGACGGCAACGUACACGCACCCCAGUACCGCGAGCCAAAGCCCUCGCAGGGAGAUCCAUCUCUCCCGGUCUCGCAGCUCUUUCGUCUCGACGAUCGCACGGUCAUAAUCACCGGUGCCACAGGAUUCCUGGGAAGCACCCUUGCCAUCACGAUGCUCGAAAGCGGCGCAGACGUUGUCUGCCUCGACCUCCCUCCCACGCCCACGGCUCAAAACUGGAAUGAUGUCGAGACCGCCGCUUCCAGACACAAACACCAGCUCUCGUACUAUCCGCUAGACGUCACCGAUGAAGACGCCGUCGCAGCCACGUUCGCCAGGUUUCUCCCGACCCUGCGCUACCCAGUGAAGGGGCUGGUGACCUGUGCUGGGCUGUCGCUCAACGGGCCUUCCGCUGAAUUCCCGGCAUCUGCGUUUCGAAAGGUCCUCGACAUCAACGUGACGGGGACAUUCGUCGUUGCACAGGCCACAGCCCGGGCGAUGAUGAGUACAAACACCGCUGGGAGCAUGGUCUUUGUUGCGAGCAUGAGUGGCUAUGGCGCUAACAAGGGUGUUGAUACAGCCGGCUACAAUUCAUCCAAGGCCGCCGUCCACCAGCUCACGCGCUCUCUGGCGGCGGAAUGGGGUUCUAGGGUUGGUCUCCCGCUUAUCCGCGUGAACUCGCUAUCCCCUGGGUACAUUCGCACGGCUGCUACGGCCGAGGCGCUCCAGAAGCCCGGGAUGGAGGAGCAAUGGACGGGUGAUAACAUGCUUUACCGGCUCAGUACCGUGGAUGAGUUCCGGGCACCGGUGCUUUUCAUGCUUGGUGAUGGCAGCAGUUUUAUGACCGGUGCUGAUUUGAGAGUUGAUGGUGGGCACUGCAGCUGGUAACUUACGAAAGAAGAAGAAGAAAUUGUAGCAGUGGCGUUUUAUCAAUCGGGAUAACUAUUGUUUAAUUUACUUGUAUCUCAUGUCUAGGUACAUUUGUUGCUCAAACAGUGCGUAGAACAGGCGAUGAGUAGCGAUCGACCCAGCGCUGGAGAAGGGGGCAGAUUUCAGCAACCGCAUAUCGCAGGUCAUAGAAUUCAAUGGGCAAUGCCGACUGUAUGGCCGGGGUGCGGUGUUCAGCGACAGCUGUACGGAUCACCGAUUCAAACAUCUUAGCCAGAGGCCAGCGACGACUACAGAUGUGCAAGCUAUACGCGAGCGAGUGGAGGUUGACUGAGACGUCUGCGUGUAGGCACUUCGUAUGCAC